CGGGAAACUUUCCGCCGAAGACCGUGCAUCUCCAGUCGCGAAAAAUUGGUCCCAUUGAGUUGAGGUCUCUCAAUCGAGCACAGCUUCGCCCUCGACUCCUUUUGCUGUUCAACCAUUUCAAUGGCACUCAAUAGCUCUCGGACAGCUUUCACAACAUCUACUAGGUCAUUGCGACAAUGUAGAUGCUCGUCAGCCCAGCCUCUAACCCGCCUAUCCUCCACACCUCUUCGGCCCUUCUCUUCCGCUCCCACCCUCAGAUCAGACGCCCGCGAUGCCGAGCCCGAGAAUGGCGACCGGCCAAGGUGGUCCUACACUCCGGAGGGCAUGAAGGGCCCCGGUUUCUCAAUCAACGUUGUGAAGGAUCCCCGGCGGAAGAUAUGGACGGUCAACGAGGACCCGAAGAAGCUGGACACCAUGUAUAACGUGUUGCUGGGGCGCGAUGGCGAGCGGAUGCUGCCGGACGAGAUCAAGUGGCUGGCCGUGACGCACAAGAGUUUUGAUCAGGGGAGGAGAGGCUUCAACACGAAGCUGGCGUACUUUGGCCGCCAAAUCAUUGCUCUAGAAGCAACAAGGUCGAUCUUGACAACAAACAUCAUCGGGGAGAAGCCGACCCCGGAUCCCUACGACCGUGUACCCUUUGAACACCCUGCUCUCGCCAAUGUCGACAAGCUGGGCUCGAGACAACCCCUGGAUCUCAUAAGGAAGGAGAAGAUGGCCCGGCUGGCAGUCGAUGUAGGGCUGCCAGAAGUGGUCCGGUGGAAGCCCAGGCUGCCCGAAAACCUCGAAGGCUCAGGCUUGACAGUUGUGUUGAACACGACAUUAUUUGCGAUCGUAGGGGCCAUCUCCCUGCAACACGGCGCAGAGGUUGCUGGCAGGGUAGCGAGGGAGAAGAUACUGAAGCGACUGAUACCCGCAUAGAGACUACCACUGGUCAAUGUAUAAACAUGUACUGUACAAUAACAGCGGGACAUUAGACAAAUUCCAUCCGUUGAGAGAGCCGAGCCUCGUUACCGGGCGGCAACCACUCGCCGCCCAUCUAGAAUUGACGUUGCUCAGCUUCAUCUGCCACCUAGCCGCAG